AUGAAUGCAGUGGUGGUCACCAACGUGUCGAUCGUGGUGUCAGCCCCUGAUGUGUUUGAGGGCCAGCCCGAAGUCUCUCUGACCUGCAGCUCUCUCACUGGCUCGAGGGUGACCUAUCGCUGGGUGAAGGAUGGUCGCCCUCUGACCAAUGGUAGCCGAGUGUCUGUCUCGGGGAAUGUCGUACAGAUUCAGUCGGUGAGUCGAGACGAUGCUGGGACCUACGUUUGCACCAUCGAGAAUGCCAUCAGUCAGAGCUCCAACAGCCAGAUUCUCACUGUGUUCUAUGGUCCAGAGAGGAUAGCGAUCCGCCGUGAGUUUCAGUCGGACUGUGCGACCGAUGGCCUGUUCCUCGCUGGCAGGGCUGGCACAUUAACCUGUGAGGCCGUCUCAGUACCAGUGCCAGAGUACAGCUGGCUGCUUAAUGGGCAGCUUUUUCGCCAGGGCAGUGUCCUCUCAUUCGUGGGGCUCAGGACGAACCAGACCAGCAACUACACCUGCAUCGCAACAAACGCCAGAACGGGCAGCCAGCUCUCUACAUCCACCCAGCUCACUGUCGUAGGUUCCUGCCUCAGCGUAGGGGGUGCAGUGGGGGUCGCCAUCGGGUCCGCCGCUGCCCUGUUGCUCCUCAUCCUGCUGGUCGUACUCCUGGUCAGGCGCAAACGGGCACAGAAGAACAAAACCACAAAGAUGGCCGCAAUUAGCCACAGCAAGGACAAGGUGCUCCCGUGGAUCAGCCAGAAUGCGAAUAUCCAACAAGGCAUCCCUCCCCCUCCAGUCUACACCACCGAUCGGGAAUCCGUCUACAGCGACUACCCGCACUCCAAUGGUUCGAUGGUCGCGUCCUCAGUGAAUGGGGGCGUCAGCACUUUCUCAACACAGACUGGACUUACUGGGCAGCUAUCUACCUUGGUGUGAAGUCGCGGGGAGG